AUAGAAUAACAAUAAUUCAUCAUACAAUACAAUUGCACGUCACACUUUCCACCGUAUAUAAAUAAUAUUAAUCUCCUCCCCACAAUAAUCCAACUUGUACCGUUUCUUUCAUUCUUUCUACUCAAUCGGAACACGAUGUCGUGGCAAGCGUACGUGGAUGACCACUUGAUGUGCGAGAUCGAAGGAAAUCACCUCACUGCCGCCGCGAUUAUCGGUCACGACGGCGUCGUUUGGGCCCAAUCAGCCACCUUCCCUCAGGUCAAGCCAGAGGAAAUAACUGCUAUCAUGAAUGACUUCAAUGAACCUGGUUCUCUUGCACCAACCGGUUUAUACCUUGGUGGUACCAAGUAUAUGGUUAUUCAAGGCGAGGCUGGGGCUGUGAUUAGAGGGAAAAAGGGACCAGGAGGUGCUACUAUUAAAAAGACAACAAUGUCCUUGAUCAUUGGUAUUUAUGAUGAACCCAUGACUCCAGGCCAAUGCAACAUGAUUGUUGAACGGCUCGGUGACUAUCUCCUCGAACAGGGUUUUUAAUUUGCUCUUGAAAGUGAUACAGUACUGGUAAUUAAAGUUGUGGAGUUGUAAACCAGGUGGUGGAAAAUAUAAACAAACUUUGAAUUGAUCAACUUUUUCCUGUAUUAUCAUCCUUCUCAUGAUGGAAGUGGGACACUUGUUUAGUUCUUAUUUUUGGAGUGUAUUUUGAUUAAUAUUUUUAUUAUGUUUUGGAUCUCUGAUAUUAUUAUUAUUACUUC